UCGCGUGUGGUCAGCGGUAGACUGAUUUUUUCUUUGAUUUCUAUCAAUUAUUUUAAUUUGUUUUGCCAGACGUUUUUUCAGAUGUUUUCUCGAAUGCGACUAAAAUGCCUUGAAGACAAUCGCGCGAAAAACAUAAGUUAUUUUUUGUAAUAUAUUAUUAUUUAUCAAUUGAAUCAUAAUUUAAUUGAAAAUGAGCUCAAAAAAUGUGGAACGCGACUGCGAGAUCCAUUACGUCAGUUAUGCUUCCAAGUUAUUGGCCGACUGGGAGUGUGAGCGACGGGACACUAAGCAGAAAACUAAAGAAGAGUUGCACAGACUGUCCCUGAGAUACUUGACAAGGUGUCUCAUCACACUCAGUGAGAGAAAUAGAUCCAUCUCGAUCAUGGACUGCGAACUAGACGAACAGGACUUCAGGAGAGUCGUGAGAGCGUUGAAGGAUCUGAACUCGGAGUCGCUGACUCGGACGAGGUUUUUGGAGACUAAUGUCCCCUCUGUGCUACACAACACACACAAACUCACCCCUCUGAUGCCUAACCUCAGAAUUGUCAAACUCAAAAACUUCAUCAAAGCGAAUACUCUGGUGCUGAUGCCCCUGAUGGACGGCUACCGUCUCCAUUUGUUCCUGUCCCACUUGAGACUGGACAGAGAUGACUCACUGCAAGUGAGCAGUGCGGUGAGUGCACUGUGUGAACAGAGUGAGACGGAGAUGACAGUGCAGCUGAAUGAGUGUGUGUUAGAUGACACUUUCAGACCACACUUCCAUCCUAUGACUAAUCUGUCAAACUUGAUAUUGAGAGGUUGCAACUUUGCCGAGCCCCUUGAGUUCCUCUCUCUCUUGAAGAACCUGCACUACCUGCUCCAUCUGGACGUCAGCAACUGUGGCUUGAGUGAGACAUGUAUUGAAGUGUUGAAGGAGGUGUUCCUCUCCAACCAAGUGAUAACUCAUCUCAACCUGUCUGAUAACACCCUGGGAGGUGCCAAGGAGUAUGAACUACUCAAGAGUAUCUCUUGUUUGGGCAAACUGGAGCAGCUGCACCUCUACCACUGCUGGCUCUCUCGGUUCUGUGGAAGGGGGUUCGAAACUCUCUUCCGCACAGGCGUCUCUCAAUCCCUGAAAGUUCUCAGUCUCAAUUUCAACCAGUUCCAGGGUAACCCAGAAGUGCUGAUGGCCAUAUCUAACUGCAGGUCCCUGGAAGAAAUCUAUCUGUAUAAUGCGCAGAUUAUGAAGAGGAAUUGCAGCUCGUUGAGGCAGAUUCUUCAGCAGAAUGAGAACCUCAGAGUGAUUGACUUGUCGCAGAAUGACUUUGAGGGAGGCGAGGAUAUCUUGCAAGCACUGUGUGUAUGUAGGAAUCUAGAGAAGCUAGGACUCUACAACACUCAGUUGGAUGACAGUUGUCUUUUUUCACUCAAUAAAGUCAUGCGCAACAACCAAAGUCUUGCCGAGUUGAAUCUUUCCCGAAACCCUUCAUUCACAAGUCAUGCAUCGCUCUUUGACGCCCUAGCCCAAUCCAAAGACCUGGAGAAAGUAUACCUCAAACAAGUGGGACUUGUGCGCCCCAUGGUGCCACAGAGAAGUCUGUUUGAUGAACCGGAGGAUCCGGAGAAUGACAAAGAGUGGAGUGAUGUUAUUGUUAUGUGCAACAAGAUACAAGAUGCCUUCUUGAAAUUCAUCACUUCAUGCAGGAAAUUGCGUGUUCUCGAACUGGGCAAGAAUGAAAUGUGGCCGAGGAUACUGGAAGCUUUGAUUAAGACCAACAAUUUGGAGAAGCUGUUCCUCUAUGGCUGCAACAUGAAGUACGAGUGUGUGUCUGCCCUCACUGAAGUGGUCAAGGUCAACUCUAAACUCAGAAUUCUCGAUUUGGAGGGCAACGAGUUCACGAAAACCAGACAACUCUUCGAAGCUCUUGAAACGUCUCAAAUUGGCAGUGUUGAUCUAAGAAACGCCAACAUCAACGAUCACAAAAUUAUGCAGAUUGUCAGCCUCAUCGAAUCUGCCAGGAAGAAACACCAGGAUGCCAAAUUGAAAAAAGAGCUCGGAAAAGAUAAAAACAGAGGAUUAGAUCAUAUUAUGUUUUCUGAGAAUCGAGAUCUAAGUGUGGAAGGCUUGGAGAAGCUGCUGGAACUUCUUGAAGCGGAGGACUCCGGUUCGAAUCCCGCUCCAAGCCCAAGCAAAGCGAGUUCAUCAAGCGAAAAGCCGGGAAACAAAAAGGAAGUUGUUCAGAAAAUAAACUCAAAAAACUUGAAGCCCGUUCUUCACUGACAUGUCGUUAAAAUUUCUGACAACUUUUUAAAAAACAAUUUGCUUUAAAAAUGGUGCAUUUUCAGAGAUAAAAAUUG